CUCUCUCAAACGCCGCCACUAGCAAGUUUGUAGCUUUUUUGUGUGGUCUUUCCACCCUGCCAUUUCCCUCUUUUCCCAAAUACAUAGCGAGUCACACACUUAAAAUUUUGUGUGAAAAACAAGAAUAGGGCAUUAGUAGUAGUGUUAUUAUUAUUCCCCAUAUCUUUUUUGGUGAUUUUUUUUUUAAUCCUUUGCAAGUUGUAAUUACUAUAACCUUUUUCAAGUUUCAAGUUUUCAGCCAUACUCUUGUUGGUUGCUCUACUUAAAUGCCCCCUUUUCCCCUUGUAGCUUUUCUUUCUUGUCACUUUAGCCUUUCUUUCUAGUCACACACCCUUUGCCUUACCCUUUUUCGGUUUUAGAGAGAACCAGAAGAAGAAAAUGUCGGUUUUAGCAUACCCUUUUUUUUCAUUGUUGCCGAUCGCUAUUAUGGGUAGAUGAUAUGAUAAUGAAACAUUGUAGACCCUAUUUUGUUUUCAUCUUUUGCCCCCCUCUUUCUCUCUGUUUCACUGCAUAAUAUGUUAUAAUAGGCUGUUGUCAAAAGUCUUCUUCUUUACUGUUUGAUUCACUACUCUUUUUUCAGAACAACACAUAUUGACCAAGAAGAAUGGGAGAUAAUAAAGACCAGGAUUUCAUUUCCAACAAAUUACCAACUACCUCUCAGGUGGUGGAAGAACUGAAGGAACUGUGGAGCAUGGCCUUGCCUAUCACAGCUAUGAACUGGUUGGUCUUUGUAAGAGCUGUUGUUUCUGUUCUCUUCCUGGGUAGGCUUGGAAGCCUAGAACUAGCUGGUGGUGCACUCUCCAUAGGCUUCACCAACAUAACAGGGUACUCUGUUCUUGUGGGUCUUGCAUCAGGCCUUGAACCUGUGUGUAGCCAAGCCUUUGGAAGCAAAAACUGGGACCUUCUCUCCCUCUCCCUGCAACGAAUGGUCCUCAUACUCCUCAUAGCAAUUAUGCCCAUAAGCCUUCUCUGGCUCAACCUUAAAAAAAUCAUGCUUUUCAUGGGCCAGGACAGUGCCAUCACAGAAAUGGCAGCCAUCUACUGUUUCUACUCUCUUCCAGACCUUUUGACAAACACCUUGCUACAGCCCUUGAGGGUGUUCCUGAGGUCACAAAAGGUGACCAAACCCAUGAUGUACUGUUCCCUGGUGGCUGUGGUUUUCCACGUGCCCUUGAACUACUUGUUGGUGGUGGUUAUGGAACUUGGGGUGCCAGGGGUGGCCAUGGCUUCUGUGCUGACAAACCUGAACAUGGUUGUGUUGAUGGCAGCAUAUGUGUGCCUGUGGAGGAAGAAUGAGAUGAUGUUGAGGUGGGGUUGUGGUGGUGGAAUAAUGGUGGGUGUGUGUGGUGGGUUAGGGCAGUUGAUGAAGUUGGCUGUGCCUAGCUGCCUUAUGAUAUGCUUAGAGUGGUGGUGGUAUGAGAUUGUGACUGUGAUGGCUGGGUACUUGCCAAAUCCAACUUUGGCUGUGGCAGCCACUGGGAUUUUGAUUCAGACAACUAGCAUGAUGUACACUGUCCCCAUGGCUCUUGCAGGUUGUGUUUCUGCCAGGGUAGGGAAUGAGCUUGGAGCUGGUAAACCAUACAAGGCAAAGCUAGCAGCCAUGGUUGCCUUGGGAUGUGCUUUUGUGAUGGGCUUCAUCAAUGUGACAUGGACUGUGAUCCUUAGACACAGAUGGGCCGGGCUGUUCACAAAUGAUGAGCCUGUCAAAGCCUUGGUUGCAUCAGUUAUGCCAAUUAUGGGCCUAUGUGAGCUUGGAAACUGUCCACAAACCACGGGUUGUGGGAUCCUUCGCGGUACGGCUCGGCCCGUAAUAGGAGCCCACGUCAACCUGGGCUCAUUCUACUUUGUGGGUACGCCAGUGGCUGUGGGCUUGGCAUUUUGGUUCAAGAUUGGGUUCAGUGGGCUCUGGUUUGGGCUUCUCUCUGCACAGGUGGCAUGUGCUGUGUCAAUCCUCUAUGUUGUGAUAGUACGUACAGAUUGGGAAGCUGAGGCUUUGAAGGCUGAGAAGCUCACGAGGGUGGAGAUGGGUAGCUACAAUGGGCCCAGGAAUAAAGACAGUGAGAAAGAUGAAGCAAGCAAGGAGUUGUUGGGGAAUGGAAAUGGGAACAAAAGUGAUAUUUGCUAAAAGGACAACACAAUUAUGAAGAUUGGGAUUUUCUUUGUUGGUUAAGAUCAGAUAUUGUUGCCUAGUAGAUUGGAGUUGAAGGCUUAUGGUGACGAUGGGUUGCUUUGUUAUAAUUUUUAAGGGGGCUUAUCUGUUUUCCUUUCCUUUUCAUCUUUUGGAAAGGGCUGCAGGGAACGAAGUCUCACUUUCAAUGCCAAUUGUUACAUAUUUAAUACCUUUUUUUUUUAGUACACAUAUUUAAUACUUUUUUAA